UUUAAUGGUAGUAAAUCACUAGUAAUAUGAACGUUAAUUAUGUUACAACGAUAUUAUCUGUCUUCAUUGCAUCAAUUUCCAUAGGAUAAUGGCAUAACUUAAAAUUGUCUGCGUACAGACAGAUAUAUGAAUCUUUUUUUUUCAGAUAUUACAAACCCACAAAAGAGUGAGCGGAACAACUCAUUAAAACAAAAGUAAAAAUACGUGAAAAUGAAGAUAUCGGCCUCGAUAUAUUAAUGGCAUAUUUAGUGCACAGCUUUAGUUUCAAACGAAUGCAAUAAGCAUGCAAAAUCCGAAGGUGCUAGCCAUAGGGAAACACUUAAUUUCUCUUCUCCUAACGUGCUUGGUAGCCCAGCAAGUGGCUCUCACUCAAAAUGAGGGUGGCAGUGGCAAGAGAGAGGUGCGACUGGACGGAGACCUGGUUCUGGGUGGCCUCUUCCCAGUGCAUGAGAAGGGCAGUGGACCGCAAGACUGUGGGAAGAUCAACGAGGACCGUGGCAUCCAGCGCCUGGAGGCUAUGCUGUUUGCGUUGGGUCAGAUCAACAGGGAUUCAUCGCUGCUGCCCGGAAUAAAGCUGGGAGCACACAUCCUGGACACAUGCUCCAGGGACACUUACGCUCUGGAGCAGUCCCUGGAGUUUGUUCGCUCGUCGCUGCUGAAGGUGGACGAGACGGAGUACAUGUGCCCCGAUGGCUCGUAUGCAAUCCAAAAUCAAGGACCCACGGCCAUCGCUGGGGUCAUCGGCGGUUCCUACAGCAGCGUCUCCAUCCAGGUAGCCAACCUUCUCCGCCUCUUCCAAAUCCCACAAAUCAGCUACGCCUCCACGAGCGCAAAGCUGAGCGACAAGUCGCGCUACGACUUCUUUGCACGCACGGUGCCCCCAGACUUCUACCAGGCCAAAGCCAUGGCUGAGAUCCUGCGCUUCUUCAAGUGGACGUACGUGAGCACGGUGGCCUCUGACGAUGACUACGGCGAGGCCGGAAUGGAGGCAUUUGAGCACGAGGUCAGGUCCAGAAACAUCUGCAUUGCAGUAUCAGAAAAGGUUGGACGGUCGGCGAACAAAAAGACAUACGACGGCGUUAUAAAGGCACUGAUGCAGAAGCCAAACGCCAAGGUUGUGGUCUUGUUUACAAGGAGCGACGACGCCAAGGAAUUGUUGGCCGCCGCCCGAACGCUCCACGCGUCGUUCUACUGGGUCGCGAGUGAUGGAUGGGGUGCCUUGGAAAGUGUCAUCAAAGGACAAGAGGAUGUUGCUGAUGGCGCACUAACGAUUGAAUUGAACUCGCAGCGGGUGAAAGAGUUUGACGAAUAUUUCCAAAGUCUCCUUCCUGCGAAGAACAAAAGGAACCCGUGGUUCACCGAGUUCUGGCAGCAGAGGUUCCAGUGUACUCUGUCACGUGGACACCGGCAUGGAAAUGUCUGCAAUGCAUCCAUGUCACUCCGAAGAAGCAGUUACAAGCAAGAGACCAAAAUAAUGUUCGUGAUUGAUGCAGUUUUUGCUUUGGCCCACGCAUUGCAUAACAUGCACAAGGAACUCUGUCCAAACACAACCAAGUUAUGUGCAGCCUUCACACCAAUCAAUGGUGUUAAGCUGUAUAAGGAAUUUAUUUUAAAUGUCAGCUUCCAAGCUCCCUUUGGUGAUCACGACCGAAUUGUGAAGUUCGACUCAUCUGGUGAUGGAUUGGCAAAGUACAACAUAUUCAUUUUCCAGAAAUCAAACGGAAAAUACUCGUACACUAAAGUUGGCCAUUGGUCACAAGGCCUGGUUCUACAAGCAAACGACAUACACUGGGCCAAAUCCUCGAUUCCGGUGUCUCAAUGCAGUGACCCAUGUGCUCCGAACGAAAUGAAAAGCACGCAGCUGGGCGACUCCUGCUGCUGGGUGUGCAUUCCGUGUCAGCCCUAUGAGUACCUCUACGACGAAUUCACCUGCAUGGACUGCGGCCCUGGCAGAUGGCCCUCGGCCGACCUGAGAGACUGCUAUGACCUUCCGGAAGAGUACAUCAAGUGGGAGGAUGCCUGGGCCUUGGUGCCCAUAGCAAUCUCCUGCAUUGGUCUCAUUUGCACUGUCACGGUUCUCAUCACGUUCAUCGUGCACGGCAACACGCCCAUCGUGAAGGCCUCCGGGCGGGAGCUCUGCUACGCUCUGCUGGCCGGCGUCUCCAUGUGCUACAGCACAACGUUCACCUUCGUGGCGAAGGCCACGGUUCUCGUGUGCGCUCUGCGGCGGCUCAUUCUCGCCGCGUCAUUUGUGGUUUGUUACUCCGCUCUGCUCACCAAGACCAAUCGGAUUUCGCGAAUGUUCAACAAUGCCAGAGAGGGCGGGAGCACGAGGCCAAAAUUUGUGAGUCCCCUGGCCCAGAUGGUAAUCUGUCUCACCCUGAUAUUAAUCCAGCUCUCCGUUGUUGCCAUUUGGCUCAUUGUGGAGAAUCCGGGAUUGAGGCGAUUCACCAUCCCAGACAAGCGGGAGGUGGUCAUUCUCAAGUGCAGCGUCCGGGACUCCAAUGUGUUAAUAUCCUUGGUCUACAAUGUGUGUCUUGUCAUGGUGUGCACUGUGUACGCUUUCAAGAACAGAAAAUGCCACGACAGCUUCAACGAGGCCAAGUUUAUUGCCUUCACCAUGUACACAACAUGUAUAAUCUGGCUGGCAUUCGUGCCAAUUUUUUACGUAACGUCUGGUGACUACAGGGUCCAAACCACAACCAUUUGUGUCUCUGUGAGCCUCAGUGGCUCGGUGGUGCUGGGAUGCCUGUUUGCACCCAAAGUGAACAUUAUCCUCUUCCAGCCGCACAAGAACGUGGAGAGGCCACCCAAGCCCACCACCAUCAGCCUCGCCGCAGGGACUGCCACCUCCUUUUCACUCCCAUCAGCAAGUGCUCCAUAUGUGCCGACUAUUUUCCGUGGCAAGGAAAUUGAUUCCACGACGUCUUCACUGUGAUGCUUUUCCCCGUGAAGACAAAAGUCGAGCAUGGAGAUGAAGCCUCGAGCUGUGUGGUACUCACGGAUGACAUAUCCGACUGUUAUAUGUUGACCAUCAUGUGAAUUUAUUUUUGUAUACAUAUCACUUUUUAAUGCGUUAACCAUUUUCAAGUAUUAUACCUCAUGAUCAGUUGGUGUUUAAUACAAAUAUGUACAUUAUUAUGAAAUACAUUUUUUUGUUAAAUUUAAGAAACGGUCAGUAAUGUGUAAACAAAAUACUGACCUAACGCUUAUGGGGAAAAGGGCAACAUGUACAGCACAUUAUAAGUAAAAAUGCAAACAUAUUGUAAAAAAACAGCUCUUCUCGAUUUUUGGGAUUUUCACCCUAUGAAGCUGGGGGAAGAUAUCCCUGAUUGGCACGAGUAGGAAUAUUAAACAGUGCACUGAAGAAUGCGGAUCAGAGAGGGGUGGUGAAAAUGCUUCUGAGACCCACUAAAACAUGACUCUUGCACGGUGUUCCAACGUAUUUGAAGCCACAUGUUUGUUUUGAUCAUGCGACAUCAGUAUUUGUGGAUAUGAAAUUACAAGGCGGUGUUUCGUAUUUUAGAACGUGGGUGCUAAUUGGAUACCUCCGAAACAAAGCAUUUUGACCGCCCGCUCAUGCAGUUUGUCUUUCAGGAGAAUGUGUUGAUUGAAAAGAGGGAAAGCAAUGUAUGAACUUGGAGGGCAGUAAUUGUAGUGAGCAUAUGCAUAUUUCAUCUGCUGGCGUGUUUGUAUUGCUGUAGCAUAGUGAAUCAUGUGGUUGCGUACUGAAAGUCGGUGAUUUAUCACAUUACUGCUGCUCUAUUUACCGUACGUCAUUGCUGCCAUGCGUUGGGCAUCUUUACUCACUCGUGAACUGUGUCAAAGUAAGCACGACGAUAAGUAGGAAUGGAUAACGGUACCAUUUCCAUUCAACUGUAUGGCAUACAUUUAUAUAUGUCACAGCAUUCCAAUGUAACAGUUCAAAAUAUUCUGGCAAUGUAAUGGUUAUACUGUAUUGAGAUGGUAAAAAUAAUAAUAAAACAAUGAAUUUAUUUCAAUGUAUCAAGCAUAUAUUCCAUAGGACUUUAGUUUUUUCUUAAUUAUGUGAACUUGUAUGAUGCCUAUUUAAAAUUGUCAUCGUUUGUAAUAUUUUAAAGAAUUUUUUUUUAAAUAACGACAGCAUAUGGCUGUUUCAAAUGAGAGUGUAUCAACAGCUUUGAAACUAUAUUUGUCUGCAUGUUAACGAAGUAAAUGUUUGAUUUUGACCUUGGUUUGUGGGAGCUUGAAUGACUGCGUCAGUUUCCUUGGAGUCAAAUUGCCCUCUCCCAGUAUACAAAAAGCCAGGC